GCAGAGAGAGGGAUGGAAAAAGAGAGAGAAGAGGAGAGGAGAGAAGAGGGAGGUGCUGGGAAAGGGUGGAGACUGAGAGGAGGUGCUCAGGACUCAGCAGGACAGUGUAUAGUUUACUCUUUCGAGGCCGCCUCAAACCUCAGUUUUGACACAGUUUAGAAAUCUGUCAUUAUUCUAUUGAAGAGUUAACUUUUUAUGGUUUAUUAUGAGACUAGGAAAUGAAACUGCACAAGAAAUGAGAGAAAGUUUUACAUUUCUGAGAAGAAAAUGAAGAGGAGAGGCUUCAGGAUGAAGGACGCCAUGAUUCAACUUUCCUUCAAGAAAUGGUACUUGUACACUUUUUUGACAUCUUCUUACAGAGUUAAUAGUUUAUUCUGGGGCUGACGUUUACAUGUGUCAAGGUUGUGAUCUUUGUGUUUUGUGAUCAAUAUCAAAAAGAAAUGUAUAUAUUUCCCGAUGACAAUGAGGUUGACAGGCAAACUCAACUUACAGGUCAUGUGAGAAUAUGCAAAAGACUUUUAACGGAGCAACAAAAGAUAGAAAAUUGAAGCUGCACUUCAAAAUAUGAAUGCUUAAAAAAAGGACUGAUGCCAUGCAAGUUUUUUUGCUCACAUGCAGGCUCCAAAAACUGUGGAAAAGUUCGUCCAGAUUUUCUGUUUUAAAAGGUGGAGUGAGUGAAAACGUCUGCAUGGUAUGGACACAUGUGUACAUGCUCCUAAAAUCACUGACGCACACACACACAUUCACACACAUUAAUAUGCAACACCAACACACGCACACGUCCACGCAGCUUGGGUGGACCUGGAAACAUAAGCAAGUCUUUCAUGGGAUCUGCCUCUACCUGAGCAAUAAAGAGCCAUCUGUGCUGUGAAUAAACUGAUGAUGGCAACACACACACACACACACACACACACACACACACACACACACACACACACACACACACACACACACACACACACACACACACACACACACACACACACACACUUACAAGCAGGCACGUAUACAAACACAAAUACAGCAGGGUGGAGGGACACACAGAGAAAUGCUUGUUUCUGUCACUUCCCACCUUGAGCGUCGUGGCACUCAGAGUGAAUGUAAGGUCAGGUAGUUUCUCUUUUGGUGCGUUUCACAGCAGCCAAACUAAACCUGAGCUACAGUCCAGCAGCAUCCAGGCCAGAGCAACAAACACUGAGGCACAUCAGGACACCACUCACUAGGUUGGUUGGUAGGUGGAACGGUGUCUAUGAAAACUGAAGUAUUUCUAUCUUUACCUUUGACACUUUGGUGUGACCAAAUGCUGAUAGGGAUUUAUUUGAUGCUGGACUGUUAAUGAUAUAUGAUGAAAUAUUUGAUUUCCCGUUUUUCUGUGAUAACAAAUAGUUUGAUUUUUGUAGGGUUUCCACGCUCUGGUGAUGAUCCCCAGUCAUGUAAAACACACACUUUGGACACACCGUGGAGAUGCUGUCUGAUGAUGUGACAAUGGGAUGUCUUGAGGGAACAGAAGGAUGUCUUCUUGGACUAUGGUUACUCACCUUUUUGUGGAUGUAGCCAAAUGUAAGGCCAUGAUUUUGCAAGCCUUAAGUGUUUGAGGAUUUUAACGAGAAGUGAAUCCACCAUGUUUAAAAGGUGGCUCUUGGCGCUGUUGGCCCGUGUUGGCCUCAUUGUGCUGGGCCUCUGCUGCUGUCUGUUCCUGUUCUACCUCUUAGCCUGUAAACCCAAGUCUCAGAGCGGACAGCAGCCUCUGCUUUGGACUGGAGGGACCACCAGCAAGGAGGGAUACAUGGCUUUGUUACAGGAGAGAGAGGAUUCUCACAGACAUUACAUCAACAGCCUAACUAAACAGAUAGCCCAGUUAAAGGAGGCCCUUCAGGAGAGGACACAGCAGCUGCAGGAGUCUCUGGAUAAAGCUAAAACUAGAGGGAUUCUGCCACAGGGUCUGGAGAGCCUGCACAAAACCCCAACACAGUCUGACAUCAAGGUAGGGAAACAUGACAAGAUGACGCAAAUGGGGAAAGACUUUUAAUUCUGAGUGAUAUACUGGAGCAGCACUGAUGGUGUGCAUUUUAUAUGGUUCGAGUUGGAGGUGGUGGGUUGGGUUUCAAGGGGACUCAGUAUCCCUAAAAAUCUGGCAACAGUCCUGUUCAUAGAAGUAAAUGUUAAGUUAUGCCUUCUAGGAGUUCUUUCGCUCCCAGCUGAACCAGGCGGAGGUGAACUCAGGCGCAAAGCUGCCCAGUGAAUAUGCAGUGAUUCCAUUUGACACUUUCACCCUGCGGAGGUGAGUGGUACAGUUGUUCGCUGGUAGAGCUAUUAGUGGCUCUUGUGAAGUAAAUGCAUGCAUAACUGACUUCUGGUGUGAAGUCUUAGCUCACCUCUCUUCAUAGAGUGGGGUUUCUGUUGUGUUGCUCAGAGUGUAUCAGCUGGAGACGGGGCUGACUCGUCACCCGGAGGAGAGGCCUGUGAGGAGAGACCGCAGGGACGAGCUCAUAGGCACUGUGGAAACAGCGCUGCAUGUCCUGAAUGGACCCCAGCAGCACAGAGACAGCACCAAGAAGAAGCACACAUACUCUCCUGCAGACUUCAUAGAGGGUGAGAGAGGUCUCAUGCUUACUCGUUCAUAGUCCUUACUUGUUUACCCCAGGUGGAUUGAUGGAGGACCUGAACAUGUUGAAGAAAAAUGCUAUAUUUAAUCCUUUAGUGCCUUUUGUAUCAUAUUUGAUAAAUACUUUUAUAUACUUCUAUCAAAUCCCUUUUUUGGACAUGUGGAUACUCUGGUUUUGUUUUUGUUCUUACUUUGUUGUGAUAAGUGAGAUUGAUGUGCUUCUAAGUGAGGCAAUUAUUUUAUUUUAUUCUUAACUGUUGUUUUGUGUGGUUUUUUAUAUAAAUUUUUUUAACCAUGUCCAUAAAUAAAUAAAUAAAAAUAAAUUUAAAAAAAUCAAUAUGAUCAACAAAUCACUAAAAAACACCUUAAUACAGUUCGAUAAAUGAUAAAAAUGUCCUCUUGUGGUUUAUCAGUUUCAAAAAACAUCAAAUGUAUCAAAAAAGAUAAACAAAUAUAUGUUUGUUAAAUUUUAAUGACAUGAUUUUUUAAAUUUUCACUAGUAAGUAAAAUAAAAAUUUCAGCUCCAAAAUUUUGGAUUUUCUAGCAAUAAUUUGUAGUUUCAGGGAUGAAAGGGCUAAUGCAAAUUUUCUGUGUCACUGUCACAGGGCUGACUCGCAUGGAGCGGGACAGAGGAAGUGUUUAUGAGCUGUUUUUUAAAGGCGAUGGCCCGUGGGACUUCACACAGCUAGUGCUCUUCAGGCCAUUUGGACCUGUGGUGAAAGUGAGAAGCCAGAGUGUGGACACAAGCCGUGUGCUCAUCAACAUCAUCGUACCUCUUUCCAAGAGGCCAGAUGCUUUCAGGCAGUUCAUCCAGAACUUCAGGUAUUGUCCAAAAGCUCAUUUACGAUCUGGCGCCCACUCAUGGCCGCUUACUGCGAUUGUGUCCUGAGAUCAAUCAGAUUAAAGCACUGAGGGAGGCUUGGCACCACAGGGAAGGUAGAUUUUUAGAUUUUAAAGGAUGGAUUUCACUUGUUUGAAUGUAAUAGUAAUUACUCUCAAUUUAAUAUUUCCUUCUUUGUUUUGUUAAAAAGAAUAAAAAAUGAUUUUAUUGUGAAAUCUAAAGGGACAUCAAGUUAAAACCAUAUCUUGGACACGACUGUUUAUCAUUUGACCUCUCUAAGCUAAAACUAACUUGUGCAGCAUUAGCGUACGUUUCUUACAUUUCUCUUGAUUGGAUUAUUUAAUAAUCAAACUGUGAUGUCAGUAAGAUAGUAGUUUAAUGCUGAUGAGAGUCAUCAUCUUACACAAGCCAGUGAGUCAUGAAUUUAUUUCAGCUUGACAUCCUUCCAGCUUUUUACAAUUUAUCAUCUCAAGUUGAUCAGUUAGGAAGCAGUGACAUUAUAACAAUUUGAUAGAUGAUCUACCUUUAAACAACUGCAGUCAUCUGAAAAAGCAGCGCACACAGUCAUGUGAAUAUUGCCCUUCUCCUUUCAUAUUUUUGGUUCAGGGAAGUGUGUAUCCAGCAGGACGGCAGGGUUCAUCUCACUGUUGUCUACUUUGGUCGGGAUCAAAUAGACCAGGUGAAAGCCAUGCUGGAUCAAACCACCAGGUAACGUGAUGUUGAGGUUGAGUUGUGGGUUUUAUUCCUUCUGGUGCAAAAUCAUUAAAUUAUGAGUCAAGUUAAAGUAUGUAACUCACGCUUGAUGAGAGCGGGCAAUAAUACUGACUGCUCCAGUAUUUCGUAUCACGUCUUCUCAACCAUACUGAAAUGUUGUUGUUUUUUUCUCCUUCCCAUCUCCCCUGAGAUGUAUCUUUGCUGCACUGCAGAUAUUUUUAUUUAAAAAAGUAAAGUGAGGAAGAUUCAGUGUUUCUCAGCUUAAGGCUGAAAAUGAUUUGGUAUUCUGGACCCCAGAGAGAAACACACACAUUUCUCUAGAUGAUUAAAUUUGUUUUUACCGUGGACUAGUCUGAGAAAAACACUGUGCAUUUUUAUAAAAUUUUCUUCACUACUGUCAGAAUAAUGCAACUUUGCACCAGUGGAUGGUUCUUUGUUAACACUUUGUUUUUGAUGCAGUAUAAUUAUUUCAUUACUUUCUUCUUCUCAGAGAAACUCGGUUCAGGAGCUUCACUUUGAUCCAGCUGAAUGAGGAGUUUUCUCGUGGCCGUGGCUUAGACGUGGGCGCCAGGGCUUGGAGGCAAAGUCAAAAUGUGCUGCUCUUCUUCUGCGACGUCGACAUCCACUUCACUGCCGACUUCUUAACUUCCUGUCGUCUCAACACAGAACCUGGUGAGAGAGAGGAGCGUUGGUCAGAUUCUGCCUUUAUUCAUACAUGGACUAUAAUCUGUGUCAACAACAAAUAAGGCCAGGACUAUAACACUAACACUGUCUCUAAUAUGGCUGAACAUGCUCUACUAUGAAUCCCCAAACUUCAUGUUUUCUUAAAUAUUAAUAAUUUUAUUCUCUCUGUGUAUUUUACUAGGAAAAAGAGUGUACUACCCAGUGCUCUUCAGCCAGUACAACCCAUCUAUCAUCUACAGUAAUCACACACUCAUACCCUCUGUGCAACAACAACUGGUGAGUCAGGAUCUUGCACCUGAAUUCACUUGGAUGACUUGUUGUUGAUAUGAUCUGAGUCAUUUCCGGCUGCUUUUCUGUCCAGGUGAUAAGGAAGGAAACUGGAUUCUGGAGAGACUUUGGGUUUGGCAUGACAUGUCAGUACAGGUCUGACUUCAUGAACAUAGGUAAAGGAAAAGCGUCACUCAUCACUUCAUUACGAUUUGCAAGACAUUACAAAACAUCCAUUUAUAAACGUAGACUGUAGUACCAGAGUGAUAAAGAACUGCUGGAUUUUGUCUUUUUAGAUGCAAUUUUCAUCCAGCCAUAUACUUGAAUUUUAAAUGAAGUCAUACCCACUGAGUUAUCUAGCCUUGUCAUAUUCCUGGGCAGGUGGUUUUGACCGUAACAUCAAAGGCUGGGGGUUGGAGGAUGUGCACCUGUACAGGAAAUACCUCCACAGUAAACUGAUGGUGAUCCGAGCCCCAUCCCGAGGACUCUUCCACCUGUGGCAUGAGAAGAUCUGUGCCGACGAGCUUUCCCCAGACAAGUACAAGAUGUGUAUGCAGACCAAAGCCAUGAGCGAGGCCUCGCACAGCCAGCUGGGGGAGCUGUUCUUCAAGCAGGAGAUUGAGCGACAUCUGAGCUCUCAGAGGCAGACACCAUGAAGACACAGGCUGAUGAUGAUACAUGUUUCUGCUUUAGAGGUCACUUUUAUUCUCUGUUGCUGUGCUGACCAUUAUAAUUUAUGUUGACAGUGACCUUUUCAGGCUCAAACAAUAAGAACGGUGUGAUAAUGGAUGUUUUCCAAAAGGACUCAAUGUCAAUAAAAGAAUAAAAACUUCCACUUCUA